GAUGUGCAGAAGCAUGCAGUGGUUUGAUUUCUGCUUCUUUGCUCUCCUUCAUUUCUGUUCACUUGUUUGAUUUAUUUAUUGACUUGUUUAUAUUUAUCUCACAUGCACGCACACACACACACACACACACAUACACACAUGCUCACAGUCUUCUUAAUUGAGGACAGGCAUUUCAGUGAUACUGUCAUUUGCGUGUGUGUGUAACACUCAGCAGGGCAGAGAGACAGAGAGAGAGAAAGAGAGAGAGUGUGUGUGUGUGUGGUGGUUUAGUGGAGAUGCUGCUUGACUCUCAUCAGUGAUACUAAGUGUGUAUGAACUUGAAAAGGAGAAGCAUGGACAGAAGAGUGACUGGAGGAAGAGGAGGGCUGAAGAGGAGCACGCACAUCGUUCCCUGCUUCUUGUUUGUGGAAUUGGUCAUCAUGUCAGCGGUGGUCUUGUUGGCAUAUUAUUUUGAGUACACAGACACGUUUCCUGUCCAUCUGCGAGGUUUCUUCUGCUUUGACCGGACCUUCUCUCGGCCGUACCCCGGACCUGAAGAGUCCAGUCGAGCUCCUCCUGCACUCGUCUACUCGCUCGUCACUGCUAUUCCCACCAUCACAAUCCUGAUCGGUGAGUUAGCAGCGUUUUUCUCGAAGCCCGAGUCUCCUCGGGAGAAAACCAUCGUCACUGCUGACUGUUGUUAUUUCAGCCCCAUGCUGCGCCGCAUCGUCCGAUUCCUGGGUAUUUACUCCUUUGGCCUCUUUAUCACCACCAUCUUUGCCAACGCGGGUCAGGUGGUGACAGGAAGUCAGACGCCUCACUUCCUGUCCGUGUGUCGUCCGAACUACACGGCACUGGGCUGCCGGUCUCCACUGCAAUACAUCAGUGAGAAGAAGGCGUGUCGGGGGAAUCCCUCCAUCAUCACCUCUGCUCGCAAAUCCUUCCCUUCUAAAGACGCUGCGCUGAGCACCUACUGUGCCGUGUACACCGCCAUGUACAUCACCUUGGCAUGUAAGACUAAAGGUACGCGGUUAGCCACACCCAUUCUGAGCCUCGCAGUCAUCUCAUUGGCUGUCAUGGUGGGUGUAGUUAGAGUGGCAGAGUACCGGAACCACUGGUCUGAUAUUCUGGCAGGUUUCAUCACAGGGGGCGCUAUCGCUGCAUUUCUGGUUACAUGUGUGAUUAAUAAUUUCAAACAGAAGUUGCCCCCUGCACCUGCACCUGUACCUCUACCUCUACCUGUACCUGUACCUGUCCCACUCCCUCAACCUCCACCUCCAUUUGAACUGCCCCCCAUCACCAUGCCCAGUGUAGAGAGUCCACUCGAAAAGUUAAGUGACCUUCAGGUUUCAGGCACUUCGUUCUCAGGUGUCACAUGAUGAUCAGCGUUAUUUACUCUCCGCCCCUCCUGAUGUUCUUGUCCAAUCCCGUCGGCCUCUUACCAGUGCAGUGUAAACCUCCGCCCAUUACUCUACCUGUACACAGCUCCACCCAUUCCCCACCUCCUCAUAUCAUGUUCAUGCAUAACAUCCCCUUUAAAUCCAGACAAUCACAGAGUUUCACAGAGUGAACACACUAGUGCACUAAAAGUGACCUGUUUCACUACAGAGGACAAGAUUUGAGAUGGGCCCACACUCUGAGGUCAUACAGUCAUGUCUUAGAAUUAAAAAGAAGUAUUAUAUUCACACUAAUGAACUGCUGCAUGCCUUAAUAUGGUGACAAGAUGGACUCAAACCAAGGGGAAGUGGACAAGGGGAAGUGGACAAGGGGAAGAGAGCUGCUUCCAAUCACAGAUAACUGUAGAUAUUUUUUAGUAAUACAAUUUUUUUCUUUGUUACCUUUUAUUCCUAGUGUUAUUCUAUUUCCUACAUAUACAUAUAUACGCUUACUUCCAUUACUGUGACCUUUGACCCCUCUCACAGUGACUCUCUGUCAUAUCUUUGUGAACUCAGCUGUUUAUAGUUAGUUAAAAGCACAACUAAUAAAUUAACUCAACCUAUAACAUAUUAAGACUAAUAAAGAAAAACAUUUUUAAGAAAACCUAUAAAAAUGGACAUUACAUAAAAUAAAAAUAAAAAUAAUUACUAUCAGGGUCAGGAAUUCAGUGCUAUGAACUAGUAUGGAUGUGUAAGAAUGAUUUAUUUUUUGUAGUGAAUAAACAUUAAUAGUGUUUCAGAAAUAUGAAAUUAUCCUGGAAUUAAAAAUCACUUCAUAUCAAAAAUAUUUAAAGAAAAAAUCACUAAUACUAAACCUCAUGACAACUUCUGCCUUUGUGUUAUUGAUAUUACAAUAAAAAUGUAAUUAAUCUAAAACAUAUCAGGUCUAUAAAUACACUCUGUUUAUCAUCAGGAAAAAUCACGAUUUUAAUUUAAAACUAAAGUAAAAAAUGUAAAAAUAUGUAAAGUAAAAAAUAAAGUGUAUUAAAAUCUGAAGAAAAUAUCUAUUUUUAUUUUAUUUAUUAUAAAAAAACAAAACUGUUUUAAAAACCUGAAAUAGAAUUAAAUUAGUAAUAAAGAGAAAAUGAAAAAUAAUCAGCUGGUGUUUCGUCACAGUGUUGUUAGUGUCAGAUAAAUAAUAUUAAUUAAUUAGAAUAUCUAGAAUAUAAUGUAGAAUGUAGAAGACUGAUGUAACAUAUACAAAUCUGUAAAAUGUAAAAGUGUAAAAUUAGGCAUUAAAACUCUAUUAUUCUUUAAUAUUUAAUAAAUAGAUGCCAAGAAUGUAUGAAUCUUCUGAAACCUAGCAGCAGUUUUAUAUCCAGUUUCUGUUGUGUAAAGUUACUCAUUGUUCCUAGAUAUAUUUCUAUAUUUUAAUAUUCUUCAUUUUUAAUCUCCCACUGUGAUGUGGAAAUAUUCUGUGACAUCACUCUGUGUGUUGUUUAGUGUAACUGUAAUGAAACAUUGUGUGUGUGUGUGUGUGUGUGUGUACAGGUCACGGUUUUGUAAAUGGUGAAUAUAAAAAUAAACAGAUUCUACACAG